ACUGUGUGCCAGGCUCAGUGCUAAGGCGCUGCUCGGGAUCCUGCUUCUGCCAUUUCUGACUGUUUCGGGUCCCUGCGACGAGAGUAAAUCAGGAGGCACAGAAACUCAGUUCAGAUGGGGGUGGGGGGGUGGGGGGGAGUGGGGGGGGGGUGCCGGGUGGGGAUGGGGUUUAGUAACGUCUUCUUUUUAAAACCGUGACAACCUCCUGGUGACUGACAGCACCAUCAUUCUCAUCGCCCACCUCCCGGGACGGCAGCUGGCCGCAGCUGAGACACUCCUAGUAUUAAAUAUUCAAACCCUCCCUCCCAGUGGCAUUGGGGCAGGGGGUUUGUUGUGGUACAAAAAGGACUGCGAGGAAUCUACCUUUCACAGACUAGGGGGUGGGGGACUUGCUCUUCUACCCUAAACCCCCUAGUGCCGAGGAAACGUACUGGCCCACAGGACCGCUUGGAGCACAGAGAGGAAGCAAGUGUGAGAAACCCGCCCUCCCGCGUUCACGUACUCCGCCGUUUCAGCUCGCCAACCACAGAGACGCCACAGCCUCUGCUGCCGGCGGAGUCCAUCCCCUGUACCCUAGCCCUGCUCAGCUGACCCGCGUCCUCCGCCUCCGGAUAGCCGAGCCUCACUCUCAGCUCCUGAGCCCGAGCUCCAGCCACUAUGGACGUCCAUGUGCCUGGGCUCCGCGCCUGGGACGACUUCUUCCCGGGCUCCGACCGCUUCGCGCGCCCCGACUUCAAGGACAUUUCCAAAUGGAACAACCGAGUGGUCAGCAACCUGCUCUACUACCAGACCAACUACAUGGUGUUGGCUGCCCUGGUGAUCUCCAUCGUGGGGUUCCUGAGUCCUUUCAACAUGAUUCUGGGGGGCACCGUGGUGGUGCUGGUGUUCACGGGCUUCGUGUGGGCCGCCCAGAAUAAGGACUUCCUCCGCCGCCUGAAGAAGCAGUACCCCACCACCUUUGUCAUGGCCGUCAUGCUGGCCAGCUACUUCCUCAUCUCCUUCUUCGGCGGCGUCAUGGUCUUCGUGUUCGGCAUCACCUUCCCUCUGCUGCUGAUGUUCAUCCAUGCUUCUUUGAGACUUCGGAAUAUCAAGAACAAACUGGAGAACAAAAUGGAAGGAAUUGGCCUGAAGAAGACCCCGAUGGGCAUCAUCCUCGAUGCUCUGGAGCAGCAGGAAGACAGCUUCAACAAGUUCGCUGAUUUUAUCAGUAAAGGCAAAGAAUAAGUGGCUGCAGCCCGACGGCCAUCUGAUCAGCGGCAGGAAUAGGUUUUCUUUUCCUUUGCUCCUGUCUAGAGUUCACUUCUUGUUUGUGUGUAUGAAAUGUGGGGGGGGGCAUCGGGAGAGCCCCCCGAGGCUCGUCUCUGUGGCAAGAUGCGGGCAGGCCAAACUCUGUCUCACUCCUGACGGGAUGGAGAGGAGAGAACCCAGUCCAAAGUCACCCACCCUCCUAAGACCUUCUUAGUCCUCUAGUCUGUCCCUGUUUAGACAAACGGAGCAAAAUCUGUGUUUCUUCAAGGGGGUAGAGUGACCCCUGAGUCUUUGUUAUAAUGAGCAUAUUUCUAAGUAUUGAUCAGUGUUAAUAUUGUCUAAUACAAUGAUGAAUAAAUACUGUUUAUAUCUUAAAGGAGUCCAAAACAGCCUUAAGAAAUCAAUAAAAACACGGAGGUACAUACAGGUGAAUAGAAAUGUCUGCUAACUAGAAUAGAUAACGUGAGACAUAGCUCUUCCCUACCCCUCCAGAUCCCAGGGUAAGCUUUUGUAUGUAAUAAAUUGCUUGUGAUUCUCUUUUAGGAUAUGAGUUCGUCUGUCUAUUGCUUUUCUCUCUGCUUUAUUCCAUGCAGUGAAAACUGGAUAAGCACUCCCCGCGCUGUUUACCGCUUUAAAGUCUGUGGUGUGGGAGUCUAGCAAACUAUGCCGUGAGAUUUCCAUCAGUUCUUUAGGUUUUUCAGCAGCAAGCUUGUGCGAGAAAACAAGCCUAAGGAUUGCCUUUCUUCAGAAGGCAGCCGUGUAACUCGUGUCAUGUUUGGCCAGGUGUAGCAACAAGUCUCGACUUCCACCGAGUACUAUUUAUGUCACUCAAAUAGCAUUUCGUUGUUUUGGUUCUAGGAAGAAUGGCAGAAAACUCCCAUCAAUAACUGGUUCUUGUUUGUUUGGUUUGGUUUUCCCCUUACCUUCUCCUUGUACCCUUUGGAACGCAGUGAAAUAAAUAUUCUGAAUAGAGAAUUCA